AAUCGAAUCAAUCGAGCAGCGCUCUGGUGAUCUAUUCAUCUACAUGUUCUGAUCUGCAUGUAUUCCCUGUUUUUCCUCUGCUGGUUCAGCUUUGUUAAACUUAUAGCAGAUAUAAAAUACCUGUAUAUAUGCUUAGAACAAGCAAAAUUAGCACUCUCUAUCUUGAGUUGUCAGUUUGAUUUACAUACACAUGUCACUCGACUAUGCAUCAUCAAGCAGAAUGUUUAUGUGUGUUGCCAGUAACAAAUUGUAUCAAAUCUUGUGUUAAAACAAUACUAUCAAAUUAACUUUCCAACCAGGAUUUCAAGAAAAAAAUUGUGUGCUGGAGCAAGAAAGGGAACAUGGUAAGGAGUGUGCCUAGAAGAGUUUCUCUGUUCUCUUCCUAUUGGUUGCCAUAUGCAGCUUGCGGGUCUCAACUUAAUAAAUACAUCAACCGCGUACCGAAGGAAAAACUCAUUACAUGAAUUCUGAGUAGGUAUUUUCAGUCUUUCGCAAUGUAGUUUAUUUAUUUUUCUCUGCACCAUGAUGUGCUGAUAAAAUUUGGAUAAUCAAUCAAAUUUCCAGUGAUGAUGCCCUAGCUGAUCAUGCUUCUUUACCACAAUCAUUUUCCUGACAGUAGUUGUGCAUGCAGUACAUGUUUUCAGUUGAGCGAGCCCUCUUUUAGUUAGAGAUCAAAAUUCAAGCCUGACAUGGCAUAUGAAUGCUCCCAGUUUAGCAAAAGCCGUGAUCUUUCCAACUUUGAGAGUUGAAGGAAAUCUCCGGAUAAAAAAUUGAAGAAUUCAUAUAGCACAGUACAGGGUGAGCAUCCACAUGACAGUUCUAAAGUUGUUUUUAUCAUAUGGAAGUUCAUAAGUUGUGAUAAGAAUAAAAAUGCAAAGUUCCAAAAACUUAUGUUUCCAGCAUGAUGGCUCCCCUGUUUCUAUGGUAAUCUUUUUCAAAUAUUCUGAUCAUGGUCCUCUAAGCAUUCCUGGUUUGUCACUUGAGCCUGAGCCGUGGGUCGCAGAUCCAACGAACAUUGAUGAAAUCCAUAGAAAAAGCUUAGCUAACUCUUCAUAACAAAUGGACUGAGUUAGUGCGCGCACUCACCGGCCGGUGCUUCUCAUAGUUUUUUUAACAUGCUAUAGCAGCUAUACAAUAUCAGAUUUAUGGAAACAUAUUUCAGAAUUGGUAAUUGGUGUGUUCUAUUCUCCUUUCCUUGGAUAUUUCUUAUUCUGUUUUAGAAUUAUUAUUUUUCGUCCGCACUUUCAAGUAUUUAUGCCUGGGGUCUUUCAUUCUACAGCUGAACAAUUAUAUCUCAAAAUAGCUUGCGUCCCCUAUAUUUGAUCCUUCUGCCCUCUUUUAAAUUCAACCUCUAAUUGACAUCUUCUUUCGUUGUUGUUGUAUACACGAGUGUGUACCAAAUUAUACAAAUGAAAUAUUGUGGAACAGGCAUAUUCAAAACUGUUUUUUGAAGUUAAAUAUCUCAUGUGAGAAGCCUAGAUAUAAGAAAUAUGGGUGUAAGGCGAUUGUUUUGAGGUGUCAAUGCAACUUACAGUACAUGGAUCUGGUUAGAACUUUGAUACUUCUUGCUUUGGUAUGCUGCUACGGUAGCUCAAUACCGAUGAAACAGAAGGAUUGGUCAUGUCACCAAAUGGGUACCACACACAUAUAGAUUGUUGCUUGCUCUCACGGUCCAUGUCAUCCUCGAUCCAUGUUGGUAUGCAUCCUCUCCCUUUCCUUUCCUCUCUACUAAGUUGUCUCUCCUUUUCCUUUAAUUAUUCAUGUGAUCUUUCUUGCUCUGAGAAGCCCUUCAUGAUGCACAGAAGGAUUCAGUUUCUGAAUUCUAAUCAACAGGUUUCAGUCGUCUAUUGCAAAAAUGUUCUAUGCAUAUUAUGUGAGUUAAAGGGUCAACCAAAUGAUCAUAUAUGUAUUUAUAUAGAAUCAUAUCUAUCUAUUGGCAGUCAUGUCUGAUGCAUACGUCUUUGCUGAUUAAAAAAUAUGCACAAAGACCUACGUGAAAUAGUUUGAUAAACAAAAAAUACUGCUCGACCGAUUUCUUCCUCUUAUUCACUGUUCCAUUUUAUAACACAAAGCGCUCACAUGGGCUCUCUUGGGCGCGGCGUGUCGCCGCGCCUCUGCCUGCUAGUCAGGAUUAAUUGUUGCUAUCUAGAGUAUUUAUUGAAAGACGUGUGAUCAGAGAAAAUGAGCUCUAAUCCUAGAGUAAUUAUGGGGAGCACUCUUGAAAGCAUCGAUGGUAAAGGAUGUUUAAUUUGAAAACCCCAAGAGAUGGGUGGUAAUUUGAGGAAGUAAAUCUGACGGUCAACGAUGACUUGAUCCAAGGGCCAUGCACCGGUGUCAUUCCUAGCGGUCUCCUAUAAAAGGGGUACGGCAUCCGGAUCUGACCCAAACUGACUCCCCCCCCCCCCCCCCCCCCCCCCCCCACAAAUCAUCUCGGCCGGCCCUAUGCCAUCCCAAAGCAGCCCGGCCGGAGCGCCGCCCGGUUUCCCUAAACCUAUGUGCUACCCUGCCGCCGCCGAUCUUCCCCGUGCCCUCGAACGCUGCCGCAUGCUGCUGGACAGGCUGCUGCAACAUGAGGACGGGUGGGUGUUCGCCAAGCCGGUGGAUACAUACAAACUCGGACUCCGCGACUACCACUCCAUCAUCGCUGAACCCAUGGAUCUCGGCACUGUCAGCCGCCGCCUUGAAUUGCGUCGCUACCCGAACCUGCUCUGCUUUGCCAAGGAUGUCCGGCGUACCUUCAGCAACGCCAUGACCUACAACAACAAGGGAGACGAUGUGUAUGAGAGUGCUGCUAAGCUCUCUCGCAUCUUCGAGUCAGGGUGGGUCUCCAUUUUGGCGGCGCUCCCGUCGCCGCCGCCGGUCGCCGUGCGCAGGGCAAGGCUCAAGGAUGAGCUGCCGCGGCUGCCGGUGGACUUGCAGGAGAAAGCGGCCAUCAUUAUGAAAGACAUAGGCGGGUGGAUCCAGGAGGUGGAUGGGAGGGUUGAGGUGGAUUUGGACAAGGCCGACGAGGCGACUCUUGACAAGCUCGAGUGGCUGCUCGCUCUCGCCACCAUGAGGAAGUAUGAUGAUUUCAAGUUUUCAACCAUAGUCACUGGGACCUGAAGCCACUACCUCUGGAGGCAGGAGCGCUGGAUAAUCAAAUUUGAUGUGGUGCUGCAUGAUUUUACCAGCAUCAAUUGUUUCUCGGUUCCAGAACGCUGUUGACUUAAACAUGGCUUCCCUCUUUUGCGAAUGAGUAUCAGCAUGAUUUCUAAGUGGCUGUAACAUCGCUAGCCUAUAUAUCCCUACUCUGGAUUUGUAUGAAUACCCCAGUGUCAGUGUGGUUGUAAUUUGGGGGUUUGUAGCUGGUGGGUUAUUCUGUCUGUUGGUAUAUUGGAAUUAGACUUUAGACCUGUGAUGAUACUGAAGAACUGCAAGGAUGUGUGGAAGUCAUGUUGUUCGAUUGUUCAUUAAAUAUAUGAUUUCGUGGGCGGAUUUUCUGCCAUGAA